CAAGUUCAAAUAUUAUCAAUAUAUAUAGACGUAAGAGGUUUGUUGAAAUGCUUCGUCAAUCUAUAAUUGUAUCUAGAUCUCGGAUCCCGAAUCUCAGUUCGAGAGCAUCGAUAUUGGUUGAGAAAUCGAUCACUCGUUCCAUCCAUUCAAAUGCAAAUGCAAAUGAUAAAUUACGUCAAGUGUUUGAUGACGCCAAUUUUUUCAAGAAAUUCAAUAAUACUGACCAGAUCGGGUUGGGGUAUUUCCUGAGACUGUCCAGUCGUAAUUCCAGCAAUGAUAAAGACCAUUCACCUUCUAAACUGGGACUUUUCAAUAAUUCAUAUCUUACAUCGCCGAAGGGACUUUUAAAAUUCUCACAGAAAUCAUUGAAACAAGCUAAUGAACUUGUAGAUAUCAUGGUUGAUCCUCAGAUCAAUGCCACUCUCGAGGGGAAACUUAACUUUAUUAAAACUAUCGAUCAAUUAAGUGAUACUUUAUGUAGAGUCAUUGAUGUUGCAGAAUUCAUUAGAGUGGCACAUCCACUGCAAAAAUGGAUCCAAGCAGCACAACAGACUCACGAACACAUGUUUGAAUUCAUGAAUCAAUUGAAUACAAAUGUCCCCUUGUACCAAAAUCUCUUAUUGGUACUUCAAGAUGAAUCUGUCACCAAGAAAUUAUCCAUUGAAGAAUUAAAAGUUGGAGAUUAUUUGGCCAAAGAUUUUGAAAGAUCAGGAAUUGAUUUAGAUUCACAGAAAAGACAAAACUUUGUCGAAAUUACUCAAGAAAUCUCGUUAUUGGGGUCACAUUUCAAUAAUGGGGUGCAAAUGUUGAAGAAUUAUUGGUGUGAAGUCACCAAGGAGGAAUAUGAGUCAAUCCCCACUAAUUUACAAAAAUUGAUUACUAGACAUCAAUUGAAGAAUGGGAAAGUAUUUGCAGGAAAGACAAGCCCACAAGUGAUCCCCUUGGCAGGAGAAAUCCCCUAUACGGUGUUGACCACCUGUGAGAACGAACAACUUCGUAAAAAAAUCUGGAUUGCCUUACAUUCCGCUACCAACGAACAAUUGGACCUCUUGAAUGGGUUUUUGAAAUAUAGAACGAUUUUGGCCAAGAUGUUGGGGUUUAAGUCGUUUUCCCAAUAUCAAUUGGAACAUAAAAUGGCCAAGACUCCUGAAAAUGUCAUGACCUUUUUGGCUAAUUUACAGCAAAGUUUACAAUCUGGAGUGGUAAAGGAAUUGAAAGAAUUGACCCAAGCUUCGCCAGAUGCUUCUCCUCUUGAAAUAAUCUCCUCGAUUAAGCCCUGGGACAGAGAUUAUCUCCUAGCAAAGGCUCAAAAUUCGAAAACUUCAUCCAAACCAAUGGCAAACAUUUCUCCAUAUCUAUCCGUGGGGACCAUCGUCUCAGGACUUUCAUCCCUUUUCACGUCUCUAUACAACAUUUCACUUGUACCUCAACCGACUCAUUCCACAGAAACCUGGGACCAUUCACAAGUGAGGAAAGUGGCUGUCAUGGAUAAUGAAUCCAAUGAACCUCUUGGAUAUCUCUACCUAGACUUUUGGUCUCCAAAAGUUCUCCCUUCUCAUUUCACCAUUGUUUGUCUGCGUGAACUCAAUGCCCGUGAACUGGCAGAGGAAAUGGAUCGAGAAGCACAUUUGGACGCUCUGAAAUCAUACCAACUCCCAGUUAUCUCCCUCUUAUGUAACUUCCAAUCUUCACAAUCAACAAACCUUGGAAGAUUUGCUGGAGUGGAAAGCUCCACUCCAACGUUACUCAGUCUCGAUCAAGUAGACACUAUUUUCCAUGAAAUGGGCCAUGCCAUGCAUUCCAUGAUAGGUCGUACUAAACUUCAUAAUCUUGCUGGUACUAGAUGUCUGACUGAUUUUGUUGAACUCCCGCUGGUUCUUAUGGAAUUUUUCAGUAAGGACCCACGGGUAUUGACCAAGAUUGCUCGUCAUUACGAAACGAAUGAACCAUUGGACCCAGAACUCUUGGCAGCCCAUCAACAUCAACGAGUGCAACUCGAUGAUUGUGAAACGUAUAUUCAACUGAAAAUGGCCAUGCUUGAUCAAGUACUUCAUUCUGAGGACAUGGUUCCAUAUGUAGCCUCUGGCAGAGAAAUCGAUUCGACACACAUCUACCAUUCUCUUGAACAACAACUUCAAGUCUUUGCCGAUCAAUGGUCCACAUGGCAUGGGAAAUUCCCUCAUCUCUUCCUGUACGGGUCUGUGUACUAUUCAUACCUCUUAGACAGAGCCAUUGCUGAAAAGGUCUGGAAUGGGCUUUUCAAAGAUGAUCCUUGGAGUCGUAAGGCAGGAGAAACGUAUAAACAGAGUAUUCUUAAAUGGGGAGGAACCAAGGAUCCAUGGGAAUGUUUAGCUGAUGCCCUUGGAGAUGAAGGGUUACGUAAGGGAGAUGAGCGUGCGAUGGAGAUCAUAGGAAGAAAGGAUUAGAUAAGAAUGACAAAUAGGAGAGCUAGGUUGACCUACCAUGUGAAAACACGUUAAUUCUCAUGCUUUAAAAGUAAUACCAGUCUACUAUCUUCCAAACUACGCGACCCAUAUUUUCAUCCUAUUGAAAUAAGCAUACCGUCCCGGGCCACUGAACCGCUCCGCUGGCCCCUUUCGGGAAGAGCCACUGCGUGAUGCCUAGCUCCUCUUACAAGGAGACUCUUAGGGGCAAUCCCUCGCUAGAGGAAGAUGGCCCCCGCGGCUCGCAAUCUUCGAGAUGGUGUCUUCCCCUACGAAGCUUAUCUUAUAUUUUAUAUUUAUUAAUUUAGAUUUUAGACCAUGGUGAGUCCUCGUGUUAUCAUACCGUAUGAUAUGGAUUCUCCAAC